UCCAUCCACCCAGCACAGCUCUGUAUUCAGCACAAGAAAGAUGACUGCUUUGAAUAACUAAUUGGAAUUGGUGAUUAUCAGCAGCAUUGCUGCCAGUGUUGGGCUACAGACGAGGAGUCUGGUGAAACGCAGCAAGGUGGGCCCACUUCUGGCUGCUGCUGUGCCAUGUAGAAGCUGCAGAGGCCUGCAGCUGGUGCCCGAGGCAGCUGAAGGGUCGGCCCAUUUGGGCACGUGGCCCUGAAGAGCACGGAUCUCCAGCAGGUCUCCCAUCCGGGAGCUGAUGGGCAGGGAGGAGAGCAGGCUGAGGGCUGAGCUCUGUGGCGAGAACAGGAGCAGCCGCGACCAAAUACAUGCAGUGGACAGCCCUGGGGCUGAUGGAGAGGCAGAGGGCAGGGAGCAAGGGUACAGCCACUGUCCUGGCUGCCCUGCUCUCCUCCUUCCUGCAAGCUGCCGGGGUGGGAGCCCUGCACAGUUCUCUGGUGGCAGAGAAUGGCAGCUGGGCUGCUGAGGAAGCACAGGGCAAUGCGUCUAUGGAGCACACGUUUUUCUCUCUGGAUUAUCAGCAUGUCCAAGUCCCCUUCGAAAUCACGCUCUGGAUCAUGCUUGCAUCCUUGGCCAAAAUAGCAUUUCACCUAUACAAUAAGCUGCCUUCUGUGGUCCCAGAAAGCUGUUUAUUGAUAUUUGUGGGACUCAUCAUGGGGGGCAUCAUCUACGGCCUGAACGACAAGUCACCUCCUGUCAUGGACAGCGAUAUCUUCUUCCUCUACCUGCUGCCACCCAUCGUCCUCGACGCAGGGUACUUCAUGCCCAGCCGCCCUUUUUUUGAGAACAUCGGCACCAUCCUCCUCUACGCGGUGGUGGGGACAAUAUGGAACGUGUUUGGGAUCGGCUUUUCGCUCUAUGGCAUCUGCCAAGUGAGAGCUUUUGGGCUGCGGGACGUGUCGCUGCUCCACAACCUGCUUUUCGGCAGCCUGAUUGCAGCAGUUGACCCCGUGGCCGUGCUGGCAGUGUUUGAGGAGAUCCACGUCAACGAGAAGCUGCACAUCCUGGUCUUUGGCGAGUCGCUCCUGAAUGAUGCGGUGACCGUGGUGCUCUACAAGCUGUUUCGAUCAUUCUGUGAAAUGCCAGCCAUCAAAACGGUGGAUGUGUUCGCCGGAGUUGGAAAAUUCUUUGUGGUUGGGAUUGGGGGAGUGUUGGUAGGUCUUACCUUUGGGAUGACCUCUGCCUUUACCACGCGAUUCACCAAGGACAUCCGUGUCAUCGAGCCGCUCUUUGUCUUCCUGUACAGUUACCUUUCCUACCUCACCGCAGAGAUGUUUCACCUCUCUGGCAUUGUGGCCAUCAUUGCUUGUGCCAUGGGCAUGAAACGUUAUGUGGAGGCCAACAUCUCCCUGAAGUCCCACACCACGGUCAAAUACUUCAUGAAGAUGUGGAGCAGUGUUAGUGAUACCCUCAUCUUCAUCUUUCUUGGAGUGUCUACCAUUGGAGAAAAUCACGAGUGGAACUGGCCAUAUAUUUUCUUCACUGUCAUUUUCUGUCUGAUUUGGAGAGCACUAGGGGUUCUGGUGCUGACCUUCUUUGUGAACAGAUUUCAUGUGAACACCGUCACCAGCAAGGACCAAUUCAUCAUUGCCUAUGGGGGGCUCCGUGGCGCCAUUUGCUUCUCUUUGGUCUUCUUGCUUCCUGACUUUCGCAGAAAGAAGCUCUUCAUUGCAGCAACCACUGUGGUGAUCCUCUUCACUGUGUUUGCACAGGGAAUGACCAUCCGCCCUCUUGUAGACUUGUUGCAUGUCAAGAGGAAAAGAGAGAGUGCUCCCACGGUGGGUGAGCAGAUUCACAUUCGGUUCUUGGAUCACUUGCUGGCUGGCAUAGAAGAUAUAUCUGGACACUGGGGACAGUAUUACUGGAAAGACAAGUUGGAGUAUUUCAACAGCAAAUAUCUGCAGAAGUUCCUGCUCCGAGAAUACGACCAGCCCAAAUCAAGCAUUGUGCUUCUCUACGAAAAGCUGGAGCGGAAGCACGCCAUCGAGCUGGCAGAAGCAGGGCAGCUGGGCCAUGCCCCAUCUCACCCAUCCUUGCUUAACAGUGACAGGACUGUCAUCUCAGAGAAGAAAUCGGAGGAUGCUUUGUGUCCGGAUGGUCUGGAAGACAUACAGGAAAUACUGGCAAGGAACUUGUACAGAAUCAGGAGAACGGGCCCGGCAUACAGCAGGCACACGCUGCCCGGCGAGACGGAGCCUGUGGAGCAGGCCCAGGAGAUCCUCAUCCUGCAGCGCCGCAGCCUGCGGGUGGAUGCAAGUGGGAGCGAUGGGAUCAGCCCCAGGAAGGAGAAGGAGGGCUCUUCCCUGGUGCGGGGUGACUCCGAUGUGCAGCCCCGGCUGUGCCGCUCCCUCACUGUGGAGGAUGCAGAGAAGGUUCGGGCUGUGAAGCAGAACCGGUCGCAGUCUGUGUGUGUGAUCCCUGCCCACAGCAAGCAGGAAGGAGCAGGGAAAGAGAUGGCUUCGGAUAUGUGAUGCUGCUGGCUGCGUCUCACUGCUUUGCGGGUGUCCAUAAUACAGUCUGCUUUCUUUUCUUUUUCUCUUUUUUUGAGUCUCUCUCUCUCUCUUUUUUUUUUUUGUAAUGGUGACCAGCAACAUGAUCUUAAUGUAAAUAAGAUGCGUAUUGAAAAGGACAGCAUGAGCAUGGACUAUGCAAAAAAAUUCUCAGUGAUCUCCAUCACAUCAUGCUCUCGUUGUGCAGCACUAUGUUUUGAAAGGGAGGCGAGGAAAAGGCCAAUAUUGGAUAUUAGGAAAAACUUAUUCUCAGAAA